AUGGGAACACCGGACUAUCACAUAGGAACACCGGACUAUCACAUAGGAACAGCGGACUAUCACAUAGGAACACCGGACAAUCACAUAGGAACAGCGGACUAUCACAUAGGAACAGCGGACUAUCACAUAGGAACACCGGACUAUCACAUAGGAACACCGGACUAUCACAUAGGAACACCGGACUAUCACAUUGGAACACCGGACUAUCACAUAGGAACACCGGACUAUCACAUAGGAACACCGGACUAUCACAUAAGAACACCGGACUAUCACAUAAGAACACCGGACUAUCACAUAGGAACACCGGACUAUCACAUUGGAACACUGGACUAUCACAUAGGAACACCGGACUAUCACAUAGGAACACUGGACUAUCACAUAGGAACACCGGACUAUCACAUAGGAACAGCGGACUAUCACAUAGGACUAUCACAUAGGAACACCGGACUAUCACAUAGGAACAGCGGACUAUCACAUAGGAACAGCGGACUAUCACAUAGGAACAGCGGACUAUCACAUGUUGAUGUGAAAUAA